CAGAUAGACGAGUAACCCGGACAUCAGAUGGACACGGUGUGAUAAUGACACCUAGAUGACUAGUUUUUUGUAAACCUGCACAUAACACACACCUUCAGAUUAUUAGACAGGCAUAACACCUUAAGUCGUUUAAUGGAAGUCCCUUGAGCAUCUACCGCAAGCAAGGUCUAAUAAUAUUCUGAUGAGCUACCCAACCGGAAAACUGAUCGCAAUGAUAUUGAUAUUAAUCAUAUACUGAUCAGCUAUAGUGCACUGAAGGUAGUUAAAUAAUUAACGUUCUUCGAACAACAUGGAAACGCCGACGAAGAGACUCCUAGACAACGCCGAUUCUUACGGAACCUUUCCGGAAUAUUCUGUUGACGUCGACUCAGUAGGUCAUGUGAUCAAUCAGGAUGGAACUGACAGCCCCCAUCUGCCUAAUGUGAAUGCAGAGAUAACUGUAGGGGUGAGGACACACGUUUACAAGAGGCGGUGGUACGUAUUGGUAGUCUUCAGCCUGGUUGCCGCUAUCCAGGGCGGCUAUUGGAAUACAUGGGGGCCCAUAGCAGCGUCCACAGAGGAGGCGUUCGGCUGGGAUGACGCCGACAUCGCCCUGCUCAGCAACUGGGGACCAAUAGCAUACCUUAUAUCGGCAGUAUUCUUUGGCUGGUUGAUCGACGUCAAAGGUAUUCGGUUGUCUGUGUUGAUUGCUAUAUUCCUGGUGGCAGUAGGUGCCGGCUUCAGGUGUAUCACCAGUGAACCACCAUACGUCAAAUGGACGGUGCACACAGGUCAACUUUUGAAUGGCCUAGGAGGUCCAGUCGCCAUGGGAUUGCCGCCAGUAUUAUCUGCCACGUGGUUCCCGCCGCACGAAAGAACAACUGCGACAGCCAUUUCCCAAAUUCUGAAUGGUUUGGGGGUUGGUGUGUCAUUUAUUAUAGGGCCAUACCUUGUACCAGACAAACCACCCGACAACUCAAACUCAUCUCUCCAAAAUAUCAGCUAUUCCACCACUACCGGACCAAACACAACUGACGUAUCUGCCCGCAUCUCAAAUGAACGAAGUGAAAUCAUGUUUCUCUUGUACAUAGAGUUUGGAUUCGCAGCGUUGAUAUUUCUCCUGACACUUGUGUACUUUCCUGAUAAACCGACUUUGCCUCCCAGUACCACGGCAUCCAUAGAGAGAUUAGAGUUUAAGAAGGGUCUUCUACAGUUAGUCAGGAAUUUUAAAUUCUGGAUGGUGUGUCUGACCUACGGUGUGUCCCUCGGCGUUUUCAACUGUUGGCAAAGUGUCCUCGAUGUGAACCUUAAACCACACGGAAUAUCUGAGAAUGAAGCAGGAUGGCUGGGGUUUUACUCUACGUUAGCAGCAUCAUUCACGUGUAUCACUGUAGCAAGGUUUUCUGAUAUAUUCUCAAAGCACAUGCGCCUGUUCCUGGUAAUCCUCUAUAUCGGUGGCGCUCUCGCUAUGGCCUGGUUUGCUGUCCUCGUCAACGGCUACAUACCAAACUCCACAACGUCCCUAUACAUAUCAAUCAUCCUUGGGACACUUCUUCUAAACGCUACGCCUCCUCUUUACUACGAGAUGGCGUGCGAAAUCACCUACCCUGUGGCUGAGGGCAUUUCAAACCUCUGGUUGACCAUGAUAAACAAUGUCGGCGGACUAAUAUUCCUUUUGAUACAGAUGAUUCCCAAUAUAGGUACAACCUGGGAGAACUGGUGUGUUCUAGGGGCGGUGGUGAUCUGCAUUCCGGUACUGUGUACAAUGGACGAACGCUACAACAGGCUGGAAGUGGACGAGCAGUCAAACAAAAAAUAAAACUCUCCAAAACUUAUACUGUUAUGAUAUCGACCAUUUAAGGGCCCAAAAUGUAUCAUCGUACAUCAACUAUUAUGUCAAUUGGGAGCACUUAACAUGUACUGUAAUUAUUAAAAUUGUAUGUAUCGAUGUUUACACAGUCAGUAAUAAGGCAGUAUGACUGAUGUCUUCAUAAGGUAAUAGCUUACCGGUAUUAAUAACAUGUAUGUAUCUUUAAGUGACCUAACAGAUCCAAAAUCUCAUAUUAUCUAAAGUUCAUAUACAUAUACCUAUGGCAUACGCGACUAAUACUUUCUACUGGAUGUGGAGAGUCAUACUGGCUUUAAAGGGCCUCAUUCAUUUUAGCACAUCUAUUGACAAAAUUGGUAAAUUGUCAAGGGAUCUGGCAACAGGUACAGUAUAUGUAAGCCCUCUCCAUAUAAAUGCCAAGGGCCUGUGACCGUGAUGAAUAAGUAACAUUUAGCGUUGUUGUUUUUCCUUUUU